GUGCAAUAUCAGCUCCAGAAUAUUUUCUUCCGCUGCUCCACCAAUCACCAUCAUCCCCUCCAACUAUAUUCCGAAAUCCAUCCGAUAAGUAAACAAUUAAAAAGAAAAGAACCCAACAAACUAAUUAGUAGUAGCACUGAUAAAAUGGCGGUAUUCUGAUAAUCCGGCGGAUCACCUAAUAAAACCCGCUUCUUCUUCCCCACAUCCGCUCCCCGGAACCACACCAUGACCAGUUCGGCUGCUCCGUCGCGCAAGGCUUUAAGCAGGAUCGCUUGUAGCAGGCUGCAGAAGGAGCUGGCCGAGUGGCAGCGCAAUCCGCCGGCGGGGUUCAAGCACAGGGUCACUGAUAACCUCCAGAGAUGGGUGAUCGAGGUCAAUGGAGCUCCGGGGACUCUGUAUGCGAACGAGAUGUAUCAGCUUCAAGUUGACUUCCCUGAGCACUACCCCAUGGAAGCUCCUCAGGUGAUUUUCAUCCCGCCGGCUCCUAUGCAUCCUCACAUCUACAGCAAUGGCCAUAUUUGUUUAGAUAUACUGUAUGAUUCAUGGUCUCCAGCAAUGACUGUUAGUUCCAUCUGUAUCAGCAUUCUCUCCAUGCUAUCUAGUGCAACUGCAAAGCAACGCCCUGCUGACAAUGACCGUUACGUGAAGAACUGCAAGAGUGGGAGAUCUCCUAAGGAGACUCGAUGGUGGUUCCACGACGACAAAGUCUAGCUUGUUUAACAAACUAAAUGAGAUCUAACAAUUACUUGCAUUACCACCUGUGUAUACCCAAAGAAACAGAGGUUUGAUGAACUUAUGUGGUAGCUUGUGAUUGAUGGAAACAGGUUCAGAAGCUGGUUUUGCUUUCUACCUGUCAUAGAGCAACCUGUUUCUUUAUUUACUUUUUUGUUUACUGAGCUCUCCUUUCAGUUGUUGUCAAGCAACUGUAAAAAAGGAUGAGAAUUACGUACUAAUGAACCUUCCGUCAGUAA